AUGGGCGGCAUUGCCAGUGGUCAGUCUGCCCUGCCUCUCUCAUCCAGCUCCGAGGUUGGCUCUGUAGGGCUGUGUAGAGAAAGGACUGGCCUGGCCAGGGCCUCUGGGCCCCCAGCCAACACCUGGGAACCAGAACCUCCUCUCCCUGGGAACCAAGGGCCUGAAGGUCUGACCUCAUCCUCCUUUGUAUCCUACUCCACUCCAGGACUAUGCCAAUCUGUGGCCAUGCUCCCACCAGCUGCUUGCCUCCUGCCCCUCCUGCUGAUAAUAGGCAUAGGGGACUCCGUGCCCAGCCCCCAGUCACCUCCCCAGAGCUGCUAUGUGGCUGAAGAAGCUGGUGAGCGGACCUUCCGCUGUAGCCAGGCAGGCCUGAGUACUGUGCCCACUGGCAUCCCUAACAACACCCGAAAGCUCUACCUGGAUGCCAACCAGCUGGCAUCAGUGCCUGCUGGUGCCUUCCAGCACCUGCCUGUCCUGGAGGAACUAGAUCUGUCCCAUAAUGCUCUUGCCUACCUCUCAGAGGCUGCUUUCCAGGGCCUGGCAGGCACUCUGCGCCAUCUUGACCUCUCUGCUAACCAGCUAGCCUCAGUGCCCGUGGAAGCCUUCGUGGGGCUGCAGAUCCAAGUGAACCUGUCUGCCAACCCAUGGAGCUGUGAUUGUGCCCUCCAGGAAGUGAUCAGGCAGGUGAGGCUGGCGCCAGGCACUGGAACAGGCAUUGUGUGUGGUCCAGGAGCCCAACCAGACCUCGUGGGGCAGGAGUUCCUGCUGCUGGCCAAGGAGGAAGAGCUGUGUGGGACAGGGCGGGGAGGGGCCCGGCGGAGCACUGAUGUGGCUUUGCUGGUCACUAUGGGGGGCUGGCUAAUGCUGGUGGUGGCUUAUCUGAUCCACUACAUGUGGCAGAACCAGGAUGAGACCCGACGCCCCCUCAAGCGGGUCCCUGUGUUGCCUGUGCGCUCGGAGGACUCCUCUAUCCUCAGCACAGUUGUCUGA